GGAGGAAAGAGAGAGAGAGAGAGCAUGAGAAGGAAAAAGGUUGCUGGAGAUGUAUAUUCUCAGUCCCUCAGCCCGUGGCAGAGAGCUCGGUCAUACCAGAAUAGCGCAGGACGGUCCUGGUCCAAAGUCUGUUUCGGAGUGUGGGCCGGCCAGCAUGUCGGAUUCUGAAGCCAAAGUGAACUCCAAAAAAGCCGGCAUUCGGGCUGCUGUCAUUCUGAUCGGACUACUGCACAAGUCCAGACGGCAGAAGGAGAAAGAGAGGGACAAGGAGCGGAAACAAGAGCUGCUGACCAUCUCCAGUGUGCCUCUGGGAGAAUGUCCACCCUCACCUCCCCGCACUGCACCACCCACCAUGAAGUCGGCGGAGUUCUUCGACAUGCUGGAGAGGAUGCAGAUUCCCAAAACUGAGGAGACUAAGAAAUACAAGGAUGACUACAUCCCUUACCCCCGGAUUGAGGAUGUCCUAGAGAAGGGUGGGCCCUACCCUCAGGUCAUUUUACCCCAGUUUGGUGGGUAUUGGAUUGAGGAUCCCGAGGCUCCAGUUGGGACGCCCACGUCCUCAGACAGCAGCUUCUGUGAGGAGGAUGAUGAUGGUCUGAGUCCCGGUGGAGGAGGAGGCUUUGGUUACAGGCUGGAGUGUAACAGCAUCUCACGGGCUUAUCGCAAACAUUUUCUGGGCAAGGAGCACAUGAACUAUUACUGCACAGCCAGCAGUAUGGGACACCUCAUCAUGUCUCUGAAGUAUGAGGAGGCAGAUGGACAGGAGUCACUCCGUAUCAUGCUCAGAUCAAAAACAAAGACCCUUCAUGAGCGAAUCCCACUUGAAGGCCUCCUGCAGCUACCCAGCGUACCACAGAUAGCCAAGCUGCUCUGCGACGACGUCACGGGUCUGAAGUUCAACCCCGUCCUCUACCCUAGGGCCUCACAACUGAUCGUCAGUUUUGAUGAGCACGAAGUGAACAACACUUUCAAGUUUGGAAUCAUUUAUCAGAAGUUUGGUCAGACGACAGAGGAAGAGCUGUUCGGGAACAAUGAGGAGACGCCAGCCUUUACUGAAUUCCUCAGUGUUUUAGGAGACAAUAUUGAACUGCAGGAUUUUAAAGGGUUCAGAGGCGGUCUGGAUGUGUCUCACGGGCAGACGGGAUCGGAGUCUGUCUAUACCACGUUCCGUCAGAGAGAAAUCAUGUUUCACGUUUCCACAAAACUCCCCUUUACGGAAGGAGACAUUCAGCAGCUCCAGAGGAAGAGACACAUUGGCAACGACAUUGUCGCAGCCGUCUUCCAGGAAGAGCCCACACCAUUCGUUCCCGAUAUGAUCGCAUCCAACUUCCUUCAUGCUUACGUGUUAGUGCAGGCGGAAAACCCCUGCACUGAUCACACCACGUACAAGGUGUCCGUCACAGCGCGAGAGGAUGUCCCUCCGUUCGGCCCCCCUCUCCCAAACCCUGCGGUCUUUAAAAAGGGCCCUGAGUUCCGGGAAUUUCUCCUGACAAAAUUAAUCAACGCAGAAAACGCAUGCUGCAAGUCAGACAAGUUCGCCAAACUAGAGGAGAGGACACGGGCAGCACUGUUAGAUAACCUUCACGAUGAACUGCACAGACAGACGCAGGCCACAGUAGGACUGGGCUCAGCUACAGAUGAAGAAAAGCUAGAAAAUGGAGGUCAUGGAGGGCUGCUGGAGUCUUUUAAGAGGGCCAUGCGUGUGAGGAGCCACUCCAUGGAGACAAUGGUGACUCAUAAACACAAGAGUCCUGGUGGGACAUCAGGGGUCCCGUCUAGCGUCAGUGGUGGAGGACUCCAGCAGAACAGCAUGGAGUGCACCAAGAGCACCUUCACUCCUCCAGUUCUGUCUGCAAAAUCUCCAUUGAAGAGUCCAGUAAAGCGGCGCUCUGGUUUGUUCCCCAGACUGCACUCCAGCACAGAAAGUCCCAAUGAGAAACAUCCAACUCGCAGUGACCAAAAAACAGAAGUGUUACCUCACUCGCAAGAAGUGAGGUCAGAGACGUCGUCCAAUCCGAGUUCACCAGAGAUAUGCCCGAACAAAGAAAGGCCAUUUGUGAAGCUUAAAGAGUGUAGCGGCAGAGCUAAUAUCUCUAUCUCACGAUCCUCCUCCAGCACCAGCAGCUUCAGCAGCACAGCAGGGGAGGGAGACGGACUGGAGGAGCUGGAAAUGAGCAGUCACCCAUCCACGGCUUCAUCUGUGUACAGUCCGUCUCUCAGCGUGGACAGCCAGACCUCCGGAACGCCGCUGAUCAUGUGCCGCAGUCCCACAGAUGGCAAGAGCAAAACUUCACCAAGGUCGAACUUGAAAUUCCGCUUUGACAAACUGAGCCACUCCACAGGUCAUUAGGUCAGACAGAAACCACUGCAAAGACAAAAGGCAGUGGCUUUGAAUGGAUUUUUAUAGAUUGGAAGAAAAAGGGACCAUUUUCUCUUGCCGAUGCAACAGUUAUCACUGUUCAACAUAAUACACAACUGAACACUAUUGUAAGAACUGAUCAUACAAACACACAAGGACAGAAACGAACACCAGUCUUAGUAGAAAAAAAGCAACAAAUGUCUCUGUUUUUCCAACAUCUUAAAUGUAGUGAUCAAACAAGUGUUGAAAACUAUCCUUGCGUACCUGCGAUUGCUUUCUAGACCAGACGCUCAAUAUUAACACAGCCACUUGAAAUACUUGAAGAGUUCUCAGUCAUUAAAUGUUGCAAGAUAAGAUAAGGACUUCAAAAUAAGGAUUAUAAGCACCUGUACUGUACUCAGUCUUUUGCAGAGAUUACGGGUCAUUUUGAGUCUUGUAACACAUCGCCCAUCAGUGUAAGCCUUAAAAUACUGUACAUUAUAGAGAACUAUGCUUUGCUGAAGAUUUAGUUAUUUUGGAGUAAUGUGAAAAGGUCAAAUUCACCUUUCCUGAGAAGGGUAACCAAAGAUGAAGAUUGCCAGGGUUUAUUUAUGGUGAAACAGAUGGCGAAGACACAUUUAAUUAUAUUUUUAAAGCAAAAUUGGUCAUUUCAGUGUACAUUUAGUUCUCUACAUAAAGACUUGAGUAUACCGUUAAAGUCAAAAGUUGACAUACUCCUUGCAGAAUCUGCAAAAUGUUAAUUAUUUUACCAUAAUAAAAAGUAUCAUACAAAAUGCGUUAUUUUUUUAUUUUUUAAGACGUUUACAUAUAGUCCACAAGAGAAAAUACGUUGAAUUUAUAAAAGUGACCCUGUUCAAAAGUUUACAUAUGCUUGAUUCUUAAUACCUGAAUGAUCCACAGCUGUUUUUUUUUUUUUUUAUUAGUUAUAGUUGUUUAUGAGUCCCUUGUUUGUCCUGAACUGUUAAACUAUCCGCUGUUCUUCAAAAAAGUCCUUCAUGUCCCACAGAUUCUUUGGUUUUUCAGCUUUUUUGUGUAUUUAAAUCCUUUCCAACAAUGACUGUAUGAUUUUGAGAUCCAUCUUUUGUCUUUUAGGGAACAUUUUAGUAUCUACUGGUGCUACUGAAGGGCAGUACUAAAUGAAAAACAAAGAUAUUUAGGCAAAAUAAGAAAAAUGUACACAUCUUCAUUCUAUUCAAAAUGCUCUUAUUGUAAUAGUUGCAUACGAGUCUCUCAGUUGUCCUCAGUGUGAAAAGAUGGAUUUCAAAAUCGUACAGUCAUUGUUGCAAAGGGUUCAAAUACACAAAAUUGCUGGAAAACCAAAAAAUUAGUGGGACCUGAAGGAUUUUUCUAAAGAACAGCGGGCAGUUUAAAUGUUCAGGACAACACAGUAUGAAGAAUCAAGUGAAUGUAAACUUUUGAACAUUUCGAUAAAUUCAACUAUUAUUUUCUCUUGUGGACAAUACAAGGACAAUAUCUUAUUCAGGUCAGUACUAAUUAAAUAAUAACAUGCAUUUUGUAUGAUCCCUCUUAUUUUGGUCAAAUAAUUACAGAUUCUGCAAGGUGUAUGUAAACUUUUGACUUCAUCUGUAUUUGUUUCACACAGGGUUGGCAGCUAAUGCUAACUUCGCUGAACAGAUAUUUUUGCACAAUUGAACUUAAAAUUAUUUGCUUCAUUAAAUUUCAUUUGAGAAAGCACAGACACAUAAACAUGGUUCUUACUUUCAGACUUGUGGAUGUACAAAAAGGUCCUUUUUUUGUAAAUGCUUUGUUGUUUAACUAUGGCUGACAUAAUUUUUGAACAUUUUUUGAAGGAUUUUCUUUAGAAAUU